AUGAACAAGGUCCAGAUGUGGGCUCUGGCUGGCCAAAUGGAACAUCUGGACACAUUGCUCACAUCCAGUGGUGACCGGGACGCGUGUUUCCAGGGAUCCCCAAGUGGCAAUACGGGGUGGGAUCCUGGUGAUCAUGCUUGCCUGUUGCAUCAGGAGCAGCUAGGCAGGUGUGACCCUCAUCCGGAAGCCAGUGGAGGUCUGCAGCAGCUGACACGCCAGGUGUCCCGGGUGCUUUUCAAUGGAGUCCCUGUGGUGCUGGCAAGAGAGAUCAAUGAGACCAGGAAGAAGCACGAGACACGCUUGGUCGAGGUGGAUUCAGGGCGUCAGAUUGAGUAUGAGUACAAGCUGGCGCAAGCCCUGCAUGAGAUGAGGGAGCAGCACGACGCGCAAGUGCGGCUGUACAAGGAGGAGCUGGAGCAGACCUACCACGCCAAGCUUGAGAAUGCCAGACUCUCCUCAGAGAUGAAUACUUCCACUGUCAACAGUGCCAGGGAAGAACUGAUGGAAAGUCGUAUGAGGAUCGAGAGCCUCUCCUCUCAGCUUUCAAAUCUGCAGAAAGAGUCUAGAGCAUGUUUGGAAAGGAUUCAAGAACUGGAGGACAUGCUUGCUAAAGAAAGAGACAACUCUCGGCGGAUGCUGUCUGACAAAGAGCGAGAGAUGGCAGAAAUCAGGGAGCAGAUGCAGCAGCAGCUGAAUGACUAUGAGCAGCUGCUGGACGUGAAGCUGGCCCUGGACAUGGAAAUCAGCGCCUACAGGAAGCUCCUGGAGGGCGAGGAGGAGAGGCUGAAGCUCUCUCCAAGCCCUUCUUCUCGGGUGACCGUGUCCCGCGCGUCUUCGAGUCGCAGUGUCCGCUCCACUCGCGGGAAGCGGAAGAGAGUGGACGUGGAGGAGUCGGAGGCCAGCAGCAGCGUCAGCAUCUCCCACUCCGCCUUCGCCACCGGCAGCGUGUGCAUCGAGGAGAUUGACGUGGAUGGGAAGUUCAUCCGCUUGAAGAACACUUCGGAGCAGGAUCAACCAAUGGGAGGCUGGGAGAUGAUCAGAAAAAUAGGAGACACAUCAGUCAGUUACAAAUAUACCUCAAGAUAUGUGCUAAAAGCUGGCCAGACUGUUACGAUUUGGGCCGCCAACGCUGGAGUCUCCGCCAGCCCGCCCACCGACCUCAUCUGGAAGAACCAGAACUCGUGGGGCACUGGUGAAGACGUGAGAGUCAUACUGAAGAAUUCUCAGGGAGAGGAGGUUGCUCAAAGAAGUACAGUCUUUAAAACAACCAUACCUGAAGAGGAAGAGGAGGAAGAAGAACCAGCUGCAGUGGCUGUGGAAGAAGAAUAUUUCCACCAGCAGGGAUCCCCAAGAGCCUCCAACCGAAACUGUGCAAUUAUGUGAACUCGCGAGCCCGCGGUCUUCCGAGAAGCAUGGUAAUCCUUACGCAGUGCAGAGCCUUCCCAGAGCACAGAGUAUUUUUAUAUUUCCUUUAUGUGAAUUUUUAAGCUGCGAAUCUGAUGGCCUUAAUUUCCUUUUCCACACUGAAAGUUUUGUAAGAGAACCAUAUCCGUACACCUUGUUGCAAGAUGUGAAUUACCGACACUGAACUAGCUAAUUGUACUGUUUGUCAUGGUUUCCUCAGUUUUUUUAAAUGCAUUUUUUUGGCUUUUUAUUUUUAUUUUUUUAUAUGCAAGUAUGUGGACUUUUUUUUUCUUCUCAGUUCUUAGGAGAAUGGGUCAGGAGGGUAAAUAACCACUGUGUCUGGGGAUAAUUUGGAGAUUGCUCAUCUAGAAUAGCAAUCUGCUCUUGAUUCUUCUCUGCUCUAUUAGAAACGGUGCUGUGAGGGAGGGAGGCAUUUUUCAUCAUAUUGAAUUUUUGUACUGAAUUUUUUUGUAAUACGCAAUCAAGAUGACAAUUUUUUUUAAAUAGAAAAGAAAAAUUUUGUAAGAAGGCAAUAUUAACCUAAUCAUCAUGUAAGCACUCUGGAUGAAGGAUUCCGCAAACCUUUGUUUUAUGGUCACUUCUCUUAGAUUCUUAAUUCGUGAAAGGAAGGGAGGGGGUGGAGAGGGGAGGGGUGCUCUAUAAAUGCAUUAGUUGUGUUUUUUAAGAUAGCGUAACAUGCUUAAAUUUCUUAUGUGACAUUAACAAAUA